UGUGCGAUCUCUGUCUUUAGCGGUCAGCUUCACCCCAGCUCUGAAACUUACAGCUCAGCGAUGCCCCCAGACCUCUGGGAGAGAUGCCUCUGGUCGUGGGGGCUCCUUUUGUGGCUCAGUGUUGGAAGCACAGGAGAUGUACCUCCUACCCCACUGACAAAGUGUGCUGACUUCCAGAAUGCUAAUCUUCUCCGAGGCACCAAUCUCAAAGUCCAGUUUCUCCUCUUCACCCCUUUGGAUCCUAGCUGUGGGCAGCUCGUGGAAGAAAGUAGUGACAUCCAGAACUCUGGGUUCAAUGCCACUCUAGGAACCAAGCUAGUUAUCCAUGGAUUCAGGGCUUUAGGAAGAAAGCCUUCCUGGAUUGAUAAAUUCAUUGGCGCCCUUCUGCGGGCCGAAGAUGCUAACGUGAUCGCUGUGGACUGGGUUUACGGCUCUACGGGUGUCUACUUCUCAGCCGUGGAAAAUGUGAUUAAGCUGGGACUCGAGAUCUCUCGUUUCCUCAGGAAACUCCUGGUGCUGGGUGUGUCAGAGUCCUCAAUCCACAUCAUUGGUGUCAGCCUGGGGGCCCACGUGGGGGGCAUGGUAGGACAUUUCUACAAAGGCCAGCUGGGACGGAUCACAGGCCUGGACCCUGCUGGACCAGAGUACACCAGAGCCAGCCUGGAGGAGCGCCUGGACCCUGGGGACGCCCUCUUUGUGGAAGCCAUCCACACAGACACGGACAAUUUGGGGAUUCGGAUUCCUGUUGGACACGUGGACUACUUUGUCAACGGAGGCCAAGACCAACCCGGCUGUCCCACCUUCAUUCACGCAGGCUAUAGUUAUCUGAUCUGUGAUCACAUGAGGGCUGUGCACCUCUACAUCAGCGCCCUGGAGAAUUCCUGUCCAUUGACAGCCUUUCCUUGUACCAGCUACAAGGCCUUCCUCGCCGGACACUGUCUGGAUUGUUUCAAUCCCUUUCUGCUUUCCUGUCCAAGGAUGGGGCUGGUGGAACACGGUGGUGUCAAGAUAGAGCCACUCCCCAGGGAAGUGAGGGUCUACCUCCUGACCACGCCAGCGGCUCCGUAUUGUGUGCAUCACAGCCUCGUGGAGUUUUACUUGGAGGAGCUGAGAAACAAGGACACCUGCAUCAAGGUCACCUUCCUUAGCAGCAAUGUCACCACCUCAGCCAAGAUCACCAUACCUAGACAGCAACGCCUGGGGAAAGCAGUCAUAGCUCACCCCAGCCCUCCGUGCGAGAUAAACCAGGUGACACUCAAGUUUCAGGUUCCCCACCGGGUUUGGAAAAAAGACCUGACUACCAUUUUCGGGAAGUUCUGCACCGCUCCUUUGCCCGUCAAUGACAAUAAAAAGAUGGUCUGCUUACCUGAGCGAGUGUACUUACAAGCAAGUGAGACCGUUUCCCAUGACCUGAAAGUAACCUGUAUGUAAGGUCAGGAUACAUCUCCCUGGAUUGGGGGUGGGGGGUCAACGUAUUCCAAACCAUUCCUGCUAAGAAAGAAGGCAGAGCGCUUGGCUAUUUUCCCCUUAGUUAGCCACCUUAGAGAGGAGAGAGCGAGCUCAUUUUACAGAGCUUUAUCUCCACUGUCAAUUUCAAGAGGCUUACAAAGAUACCAUUUCAACUCUCCUAUUCAUACUUAACCUCAAUUGCCCUGUAUCCUUGGACAUCUGUACCUAGGGUUCAAUAGAAACAUAUACAGGAAAAAGGCUUUUUUUCCCCCCCCAAAAAAACUCCAUGGAAUAUCUGAAUCAUUUAAUUGUUUUAUUGGAAUGGAAUUCUGUUAUGUACAAAAAAUAUGAUUUACAGUCUGUGGGAUUGGAGAACACAGGAGCUGCUGAAUUCUCUGUAUUAAAAUAACAAUUGAGGGACUUCCCUGGUGGUCCAGUGGUUAAGAAUCCACCUUCUAAUGCAAGGGAUGUGGGUUCAGUCCCUGGUCAGGGAGCUAAGAUCCCACACACCACGGAGCAACUAAGCCUGCACACUGCAACUACUGAGCCUGUGAGCCACAACUAGAGAGAAGCCAGCGCGCCGCCAGGAAGAUCCCGUGUGUUACAACUAAAACCUGAUGCAGCCAAAUAAAUAAAUAAAUAUUUUUAAAAAAUAGCAACUGAAAAGAAGUGCUUGGUCUAAGAGAGGGGAUGCAGGGUGGGGAGGAAGACGGUGCCACUCACCGUCCCUUACCCUUGCCGUCUCUGGACAUCUGGACCCUUUGGGGGAUCAGAGAGAUCU